AUGUGUAUAUUUACCACUAAUAUUAUCUAUCUAUCUAUCUAUCUAUCUAUCUAUCUAUCUAUCUAUCUAUCUAUAUAUGCAUAUUUCGUUGAAUACGACAGACAUAAUUCAUCACAAUCUCUUCAUUCACUAUCUAUCUAUCUAUCUAUCUAUCUAUCUAUCUAUCUAUCUAUCUAUCUAUCUAUCUAUCUAUCUCAUCUGAUUAUCUAUCUAUCUAUCUAUCUAUCUAUCUAUCUAUCUAUCUAUCUAUCUAUCUAUCUAUCUAUCCCAGUCCAUUAUCUAUCCAUUACAGGCUGUCGAUUAUUCAUCUAUCUAUCUAUCUAUCUAUCUAUCUAUCUAUCUAUCUAUCUAUCUAUCUAUCUGUGUCUCAGUCUAUUUCCAUUUUCUAUCUAUCUAUUCAUCUAUCUAUCUAUCUAUCUAUGUGUCUCAGUCUGUUCAUUUUCUAUAUCUAUCUAUCUAUCUAUCUAUCUAUCUAUCUAUCUAUCUAUCUAUCUAUCUAUGUGUCUCAGUCUGUUCAUUAUCUAUCUAUCUAUCUAUCUAUCUAUCUAUCUAUCUAUCUAUCUAUCUAUGUGUCUCAGUCUGUUCAUUAUCUAUCUAUCUAUCUAUCUCUCUAUCUAUCUAUAUCUAUCUAUCUAUCUAUCUAUCUAUCUAUCUAUGUGUCUCAGUCUGUUCAUUAUCUAUCUAUCUAUCUAUCUAUCUAUCUAUCUAUCUAUCUAUCUAUCUAUCUAUCUAUCUAUCUAUGUGUCUCAGUCUGUUCAUUUUCUAUCUAUCUAUCUAUCUAUCUAUCUAUCUAUCUAUCUAUCUAUCUAUCCCAGUCAGUUCAUUAUCUAUCCAUUACAGGCUAUCUAUCUAUCUAUAUAUCUAUCUAUCUAUCACAUUUUCAAAUUCAAUAUUGGUUUUCUUGUCGGUAUACACUCACGUAUCACUAUCUAUCUAUCUAUCUAUCUAUCUAUCUAUCUAUCUAUCUAUCUAUCUGAGAUGAGUCCAACUAAUGUAAAUACUAUCUAUCUAUCUAUCUAUCUUACUAUCUAUCUCAGCCCAUUCAUUAUCUAUCUAUCUAUCUAUCUAUCUAUCUAUCUAUCUAUCUAUCUAUCUCUGUACAUUCAUUAUCUCUAUAUCUAUAUCUCACCAUUCAUUAUCUAUCUAUCUAUCUAUCUAUCUAUCUAUCUCUGUACAUUCAUUAUCUCUAUAUCUAUACCUCACCAUUCAUUAUCUAUCUAUCUAUCUAUCUCUUCACGCUUUUUGUUCCGUCAAUCAAUUACGAGAUCAUCAAAGAUUAACGAUGGGAUUUUGCUCAGGGUUCGAAAGGGGAGAUUAAUCUUGAAUAUUUCUAUCUAUCUAACUUUCCUCGACUUGCUCAUAUCUAUCUCUCUAUCUAUCUAUCUAUCUAUCUGCAUCAUACUGUUUCUAUCUAUUUAUCUAUCUAAUCACUGUUCAUCUAUGAUUAAUUCUCUCACCUUAUCUAUCUAUCUAUCUAUCUAUCUAUCUAUCUAUCUAUCUAUCUAUCUAUUACAGUGCCCAAAUACAACAGAUGAUAUGUCGAAUGCGUAUUUGCGUUCGGGGUGUCCCAAGCCCUUUUCAGCACCUCUUCGUGUAUAG